AUGGACCACGGGUUCCUGGCGGACUGGUCGGCGUUCGCGAUGACGUGCCACAAAGUCGCGCGGCAAGUCGCGGAGCGGCGCGAAAUCCUUCUGCGGCGCGACCCGUCGUUCCCGGACGACGAGUUCUUCGCGCUGCCGGCCGUGCGCCGCCGGCUGCGCGCGGUGCUGAGGCGGUCGCUCUCGCUCGCCGUGCUCGAGCGCGGAAUCAAGGCCAUGAGCGCGAAGCUCGGACCGGAGCGGGUCGAGACGGAGCCCGUCGUGCCCAAGGAGGACGGCACGCCGUACGCGUUCACGCACCGCGGCUGCGGCGGCUGCGGCGAGUGCGCCGCGUGCUUACGUAGCCUCUGCUGCGACGGCAGCCUCGUCGCGUGGGUGCGGCCCCAGCAGGACUCGCGCCCCGUGCAUCUCGAGUGCCUCGCGACCUGCCUCUUUGUCGACUACGCGCCGACGGGCAGGGCAACCUGCGCUCUGAGCGGCGCCAAGAUCGACAAGUUCGCGGUGAGGCUCGCCGUCGUCGUGCCGAAGCACAACGGCGAGCCCGACUGGGGCAUCCUCUUCCGCCUCCACGAGGCCCGUGCGUUCAUGCGGGCGCUCCGGGCGGAGCCGGGGCUCGAGCACUUCGACGUCGCGGACGUGCGCGGCGUCGCGGAGCUCGCGCCCGAGCACCGCGACUGGGCCCUCGCGGCGCUCCGCGGAGAGGGCGGGCCGCCGAGCCCCCCACUGACCUCCGCCACGCACCUCCGCGCCUACACGGCGCUGGGCUGCUUCGAGGCGAACUACCCCAUGCACUGCAUGGACUGCAAGCCGCGGCCCCCCAAGGCGCGGAAGCGGGAUCCCGGCCAGAAGACGAUCUCGGCCUUCUUCAAGAAGGCCGCCGCGUAG